AUGAGGAGAAUUGAAGCUGAAGAGUUGGGGUUGGAUGCCGCUGAAAUGGUGGUGACGAGUACGAGGCAAGAGAUUGAAUUGUAUGAUGGUUUUGAUAUUAAGAUGGAGAGGAAACUUAGGAUUAGGAGACGACGGGAAGUAAGCUGCCUAGGAAGGUACAUGCCAAGGAUGGCGGUCAUACCAGCGAGCAUGGACUUUAGCAAUGUCACAGCACAAGAUGCGCUGGAAGUAGAUGGUGGUCUGAAGUCCCUUGUAAGUGCUGGUAGAACUCCAUAUAAAAGGCAUUUACCUCCGAUUUGGGCCGAGGUGGCUUGCCCAAAGCAUCAUAAGCAAUGUGAUGUCCCUGAGAUAUACCGUCUGGCUACAAAAACAAAGGUGGCUGCUUAUGGUUUACCUGUUGUCGCUACAAAAAAUGGUGGGCCCGUAGAUAUACUCAAAGCACUUAACAAUGGCCUUCUCAUUGACCCACAUGACCAGAAAGCCACAGCAGAUGCUCUCCUGAAACUCGCCACGGACAAAAACACCUGGCUUGAGUGCUGCAAAAAUGGCCUAAAAAAUAUCCACCGGUUAUCAUGGCCAUAA